AUGGGCAAGCUUACCGGCGAAGAGAUAGCAAAGCACAGCUCGCCGUCGUCCUGCUGGGUCGUCGUCCAUGGCCACGCAUACGACGUGACGGACUUUCUCCCCGAAGAACACCCCGGGGGCCAGCAGAUCAUCCUCAAGCACGCCGGUAAAGAUGCCACGGCCGAGUUCGACCCUGUUCACCCGCCAGACACGCUGGACAAGUAUCUCGACCGCUCCAAGCACCUUGGCCCCGUCGACAUGGCCUCCAUGGCGCAGGAGAAGAAGGCUGUCGACCCGGAGGAGGAGCAGCGUCUCGAGCGGAUCAGGAGGAUGCCCUCACUCGACCAGUGCUACAACCUGAUGGACUUUGAGGCCGUCGCCAGCAGGGUCAUGAAGAAGACCGCAUGGGGCUACUACUCCAGCGGCACAGAAGACGAGAUGACAAUGAGGGAAAACCAUACGGCAUUCCAUAAGAUCUGGUUCCGGCCGCGCAUCCUCGUGGACGUCGAGCAGGUCUCCAUCUCGACGACGAUGCUGGGAACCCCCGUCUCCGUCCCCUUCUACGUCACGGCCACGGCCCUGGGCAAGCUGGGCCAUCCGGACGGCGAGGUCUGUCUCACGCGUGCCUCGGCCACCCACGACGUCAUCCAGAUGAUUCCCACCCUGGCAUCUUGCUCCUUCGACCAGAUAGUCGAUGCAAAGACCCCCCGCCAGACACAGUGGCUGCAGCUCUACGUCAACAAGGACAGGGACAUCACCCGCCGCAUCGUCGAGCAUGCCGAGGCCCGUGGAUGCAAGGGGCUCUUCAUCACCGUGGACGCUCCCCAGCUCGGCCGUCGGGAGAAGGACAUGCGCUCCAAGUUCGCCGAGCAAGGCUCAAACGUCCAGGCCAGCACCUCGGGCACCGUCGACCGCUCUCAGGGCGCUGCACGCGCCAUAUCCUCGUUCAUCGACCCCAGCCUGUCCUGGAAGGACCUCCCCUACUUCCGCUCGCUCACCUCCAUGCCCAUUGCCCUCAAGGGUGUCCAGCGCGUGGACGACGUCCUGCGUGCCGUCGAGGCGGGCAUCGACGCCGUCGUCCUCUCCAACCACGGCGGCAGGCAGCUAGAGUACGCGCCCUCCGCCAUCGAGCUGCUUGCUGAGGUCAUGCCGGCCCUGCGUGCCCGAGGCUGGGAGCGUAAGAUUGAAGUCUACAUCGACGGCGGCAUCAGGCGAGCCUCGGACAUCAUCAAGGCCGUCUGUCUGGGCGCAAAGGGCGUGGGCAUCGGACGGCCGUUCCUCUAUGCCAUGAGUGCGUACGGGACGGAGGGCGUCGAGAAGGCAAUGCAGCUGCUCAAAGACGAGAUGGAGAUGAACAUGCGUCUGCUUGGAUGUACCAGCAUCGACCAGCUCGGCCCAGACUUGCUUGAUACCAGAGGGCUGUCUGUACACUCUGUCUCGGGCCCUGUUGACCAUCUUUCCCGCAGUGUCUAUGAGCCGUUGACCCUUCCCAGGGAGAGACCCAUUUCAAACUCGAAGCUAUAA